GUGGGUAGAAAUAGAAUGAAAGAUAGAGAGAGAGGAGAAAGAAGAAAUGUCAAGAAUGGCAAUGCGUGUGUCUCCUUCAGCUUCAAGUGCACUCUCUCUCCUAAACUGCAAGCAACCACCUCCAGUUUCAUGCAUCCGUGUACCUUGUCUCUCUCGCUCCUCGCCGCCAUCGCUCUCCUACACCUUCAAUCCUCUUAGAAGGUCCUUCAUCGGUCACGGCGGAAGCAGAAGCCCAGGGUUUCGUGUCCAUUGCUACGCUCCUGCUCCUCUCACUCCUCCCAAUCUGCAAUGGAUCUCUACCAUUUCCUCAGUGGUUUUGAUACUGGCGAGAGGCACCGCGGUGCCGAAAUCGUAUAUUGUUCCGUUGUUUGCUCUGCAAGCACCUGCAGGUGUCGUUUCCUGGAUCAAAGGUAGAUAUGGUGUGUGGACAGCAUUCUUGGCACUUCUGAUUCGUCUAUUCUUCUAUAUUCCUGGUGAACUUGAGUUGCCAUUUCUGGCAUUGCUCUUGCUGAUGGUAGCUCCCUACGAGGCUAUGAAAUUAAGGUAUACAAAAGAAGGUGCUGUGAUUUCAUUAUUAAUCUCGGUGUAUCUGGCUUUCCAGCAUUUCUCAAGAACAAGCUUACAACAAUCAUUUGACCAAGGUUCAAUUGUUGCCACCUUAGCUGUCAUUUGUAUCACUGUUGUAUCUUUGUUGCUUCUAAUCUGAGUUGGCUUUGAAAUGAUGUACACAGUACACUAAUUGUAAAUAAGAAUAAUAGUUGUUGGAGUGAUGAUAUUAAAAAGUUAUGGGUUAUGUUGGAUACUCAGUCUUGUACUUUUCACUUGUUAAUUCAAAUAAUGAAGUUGGAAUCAGUAUUUGGUA